AUGGACAAAGCCAAGAGGCAGGUAGCAGCUCCUCCAGCCGCAGCUCCUCCAGCAGCACCACCUGGAGCACCAGCAGCACCCGGAGCACCAGCAGCACCCGGAGCACCCGAAAACAACGUCACGUCGCAAACGACACAAAUGGAAACUACCAGUGACGAAACUGGGCCCAGCACGGACCUCAGCUCUGCGCUCAGCACAAACACCAACACAGACACAAACACAAACACUGGACCCUCCACAACAUCGUUGCAGUCCCUCACAACAUCGGACACAAGCAGCAUUCCCACCACGUCGGCCGGCGAGUCGUUUUCGAGCACCUCAGAGACCCCCAGUAUAUCGUCGUCCAGCGAGAUCCCCAGCACGUCGUCCAUUGAAACCGCAUCGUCGGUAGAGUCCAGUUCUACGGAGGUGUCUUCUACGGUGGAAUCAACCACAGAAUCGAGUACUGAGUCCUCUCUGCCCCCUACAACUUCGACAGAACCAUCUACGACAAGUGAGCCUCCUACGACUUCAUCAGAGCCGCCAACAACUAGUUCAGAGCCUCCUACAACAAGUUCCGAGCCUCCGACUAGCAGUUCUGAGCCCCCCACAACCUCCUCAGAACCUUCCACUUCUUCCAUUCCUUUUGCAUCCUCAUCCUCAUCUUCGUCUCCACCCUCAUCUUCAUCUUCAUCUUCAUCUUCAUCAUCUUCAUCAUCUUCAUCAUCUUCUUCGUCUGCGACUACCUCUUCUUCUUCUAUACCCUCUUCCACCACAUCGACACAGCCGCGGACCACGUCCCAGCCACCCACAACUACCUCGGAGUCGUCCACGUCGGAAUCCCCGUCUCCAACCACCACGUCUACCACUGCAGAAAGCACCACCACGCCGCCGAUCUCAUGGUCGUCUUCCGGCUCGGUGACCUUCUCCAACGGUGUCCCUGUGACAAUGACGCAGACUGUAGACCUGCUGGUGACCAGGACCAACCCUGAUGGAUCGCUGGUAACAGUGCGCGCCGGAUCGCAUGACUCUUCUUCCAGUUCAGGAGGAGGCACGUCCACAGGCACCAUUGUGGGCUCCGUUGUGGGCUCUGUGGCCGGAGUCGCCGUACUGGCGGUGUUGGUGCUCAUGUUCAUUACACGCAAGAAGAAGAAGUCACUCAUUGACGUGCUCACGGGCCACACCAAGAGCAACAGUGAGCUGGGCGCAGACACGCCGCCCUUCUCAGAUUACCACAAUGACAACCACUCACCUCCUGAAUCGUAUUCGGGCUACCGAGGCUGGUCUGCCACUCCUGGUGCGGCCCUUGUGGAUGACAACAGCACCGUGCCUCCCAGCUCCUCUGGGGGACCCGGAAGUGCUGCUCUGUCGCGUUCUGCGUCUGGAGUUUACAGAUCCGGGUCGCAGAAUAGCAAUGCCGACUACUCGUAUUAUCGACAGCCCCGAAAUGUUGCUUCUGAGGGCAUGACGCAGAUUGACUCGCUACCCGAGAACCCACAGUACGAUGUGCCGUUCGAGUACGCGCAGAGCAUUCCCGAAAGUCCGCCUCGAGGCCGGUUCACUGAACAGGACGACUCGCCCGACGAGGACUUUGAUUUUGUGGUGCAUCCCUCCGAGUCGCAGACGUCACAGGUGGCGUCCGAGAACUCGCGCAACCUGCCCAUCAACUCGCUCAUGCAUCAGUAUGAGCGUGUGCAUGGAAUUGGGCCCGAGGAGGAUGUGCCCAUGGACGGUCUUCCCAUUCCACUGGGAUACUACGAGACAGUUAUGGAGGAGGACGAGACGCCUCAUCCAGUGUAUGCCCAACCCAAGGCUGCUCCUAGCAGGGAGAGUCGGUUUACUGAGACGGGCUCUUUGUAG